UCACUUUGUCACUGCCGCAACACGAAUGACGACGAUGGCAACGACGGACGACCAGUUGGCUUCGGCAGCUCCGCGAGAUUAUUCCUCCCUCCUCCAGGCAUCCGCCAGCAGGUAUAAGCGGCGCUCUACCCUAACCUCAUGACGAGCGUAGCGGCUGCUCCAAAAUCUGAAACCACCAACGAGGAACACAACAGUGACGGACAUCAUAUUUUGAGAGGUUACCAAACAACACAGGGAUGUCAGAAAAAGGUUUAUUGAAGAGCCUGGGUUCUGAGAAAGAGGAGAAAGAUCCUGUAACACUGUCAGAACUGUUUGAUCACGCUUUUGAGCUAUUCAACAGUAUUAAUAAGACACAGGAACCUACAAACAGCCCAAAAGUACAGUCGGAUAUAAGGCGGACAAUGAAUAUGUUUGAAGAUGCAACAAGACUCGUCUCUAUGGUGGAUAUGUUCAGUGACAAUGAAAGUUUUGAAGAAGUGUCUACAGAGAAUGUUAAGUAUUUUUUGCUGCCAGCCCUACUAGGCACACUUACUACUAAAAUCUGUGGCAAUGACGACAGAAUGCACAUUGUCAAGGUAGCAGAAACCUAUUUUGUAGAUUUCUUGAAAAGAGUUAAAGUUUAUGGUCUGACAGAUGUUGAAAUACCAGAAAUUAAUUCAACUGAUGGAAAAGACGAUACAGGCGAUAAUCAAAGCAAAUCAAACAAGGAAACUAUCACAGAAAUGGUAUGUCGAAGAAAUACAAAAUUACAGAGAUAUAAAGAACAAAAGGACUUGGAGUCUCGAUUAGAUAUUCUAAAGAAGAAUUUAGAUAAUCCAAAUAUUGAUGACGAAUCCAAAAGGGAAUACUUUGUUACUCUUCUGAAGCUAUAUGUAAUCCAAACAAUCGAGGAAUUGAACUCAUUGGCUGCAGAGAAAACAAUUUUGGAACAUAUGAAGAGAAUGGGACGGCCACACAAUUUGCCCUCACAGAUGUCUCAAAAACAAAAACCACCUACUCCAAAACUACAACCAAUUAUCAUUACCCGCGAUGAGCUACAGAAACAGGUUUAUGGUGCUGGCUAUCCAAGUUUACCUGUCUUAACAGUCCAAGAAUUCUACGAACAAAGAGUUAAAGAUGGAGAUUGGCCUGAUCCAUCACAGCGUAACCAAAUGAACUCUCGAUGCCUACAAGAUAUGGCAAGCAGUGACAAAAGUUCAAACGAGCAGGAGGACACCGAAGCCGCCGAAAAGGAGGAAAAAAUCGAAAGGGAUGAUUCUGACUUCCUCGCACAAGCGCGUGCCAUGGAUGACUACAAGGACACGCAUCGUCGCGGUUGGGGUAAUCGCGCCAACAGAAGUUAGACGUUUACGAAAAAUAUUUCUAAGAUUCGUGUACGUGUCGCGGUAUAUCGUGCCGAUACCAUUUUCUAAAUUUUCAUUUAUACUUCGCCGGAUUUUGCGCAACUCUGCAGGAUCGUCUUGAGACAUCUGGGCUAGACGCGGUAGAGGAAGAUACUAAAUUUUUCGAAUAAAUUGAAAACGUACACGUGAAUUCCGCGAGCAAAUUAACGAGCGAAACUUUUGUAAAGAAAAUAAAUGGAGUAUCCCGCGAAAUCCAGAUGAUUUUUCCGUCCGACAGAAUAAGAAUAAAACGAGGAAAUCUACCUCCACCCGUUCCCGAGUUGAUGAAGACAAUCCUGCACGUCUUUCCCAGAGAGCUAUAUUAUAUACUUGCGCAUUAAGUCUAUGAAAUAAGAUUUUGUUAAGUUUUAACGAUGCGACGGCGAAACGGAGGAUCGACCUUCUGUUCAGCGUUCAAUACGCUAUUGUUGUCCAUUAAAGAGAAGAAUAAAGA